UAUUUCAUAAAUUAAAAAAAAAGUCAAACAAAUGAUGUAUAAACUACUGAUAUUAGAUUUUUGUUCAGGUUGUCAGAUGGUUGUUUCUCCAGUUUGAGCUCCAUUUGCGGAAGUGAUUUUAGUAAUUUGCAUCCAGAGCUUUCAUUCAUAAUAGAUGGGGCUUCCAUAAUUGCAACCACAUUUUAUUUAUUUAUUUAUUUAAAUUUUCUCAUUUUGACCCUUUAGGGUCUCCAGAAAGAGAAAAGGAAGGAAGAUUUCAUGAGUUAAUAUCUUUCACCUUUUUUCUAUUCUUUUGUUUUGAAGCAGGAAAUAAAAACAUCUGACAUGUAAACAUCUUUUUUUGACCCAGGAAAAAAGUCUCAGGGGUAAAGUGUGUGUGUGCUCACGUUCACACGUGCUCUAAGCUUCAGUGCACAACAGGAGCCACCAAAUGUGCAUCACACCUCACCUCCAGCUGUUCGCUCUAAUAUAUUUAUUAAGGCUCUUUAAUAGCUGAAUUAGUUAAUUUGUUUUUGUACAAAUGUUAAAUUAAUUUCAAAGAUGAUUUAGUUAAGGUUUGCUUAAAGAACUGUUUCUUUGUGGUUUUCUCGUCUUUUUUUUCCUUUUUUUUGCGCAACGGUUGCAUGAGCCACUGAAACUUACGAGGAUUUCCUGUUCCUACCCCAACACACACGCGCGCACACACACGCGCACAGACACACGCGCACAGACAUUCACACUUGUGCGCACACACCAACGCUGGAAUCUGUUUUAUUCUGGUGCUACGGGUGAGAAAGUCGUACACAGUGAUGGAGAGCUGGCUGCUGAAGCGUCAGCGAGUUUCUGUCUGCCUCAUCGUCACUUUUUUAUCCACAGCGUUUGGCGAUGUGUAUCUCUACGCACAACUCAACUCCUCCAUCGAGUUCUCCUGCAUGUUUCCUGAACAACCCACGCCACCGUUUGCUUUCAGUCUGAGUCGUGAAUGGCUUCAGAAGGAUGCACAAGUGCUGUAUCACAACUUCAGAGUUGAGCCCGAGGUUAAAGCUCUCAGGUUUGAGAAUCGCAUCUGGGACCGACUCGACAUUAACCAAGUCAACGUGAGCAUCACGGACUUGCAGGGUGACGACACCGACGUGUACGUGUGCAUGUUCUACUACAGCGCAAACACAGGCUUUCAGAACCUGUCUGGGAGGGACAAGUUUUUCCUGUAUGUCAAAGCUUACAAUAGCGAGCCGUGCAACUGCUCCAGUUACACACCACUGCUGUUCUCUCUGUCUGCGGCAGCAGGACUGCUCUUCUUCAUCAUCUUCAUCCUCACUGUAGUGCACUGUAUGAGGCCGAGCGCAGGAGGUCCGACAAAGCCGCAGCUCUCAGUUCCCAUCUACGAGGAGAUGAACGGCGUGCGAGAAAAACCGGUCUCUCUCACACAGGAGGAAGACGUCAGUCUCUACAGUCGGCUGAAGAAAGAGAAUCCUUACAGUAACUGAGUAUAUUAUCCAUAAAUAUCUGGACAGUGACCCGGUCUUGAUGUUUCCACUGUACACCAACCCGACGGAUCUGAAACGAAGCCAUCAUUCGAGACGUGACUGAAAUGUCGACUUUCAGCUUUAAUUCGAGGCUUUUAACAAAAAUAUCAUAUUAAUCUUUGAGGAAUUUUACUGCAGUCACCUUCAGUUCCAUGAAAGCAGCUCAGUUGGGUUCACCGACUCAGCCAUUUAAGAACAUUUUUUGCCAUUCUUUGCCUUUAAGAAGCUCUUGUUGCUUUCACCAGAUGUUUUGGAUUGUUAAACAUCUGUACUGUGAAGCUCCACCAAAUAAGUUUUGCAGAAUUUGACUGAAUCUGAGCAGAAAGUAAAUCUCUGUUCACUUCAGAAUUCGUCCUGCUGCUUCUAUCAGCUGUCACAUCAUUAAUAAACGCCCGCGACGCAGUUCCCUCAGCAGCUGUACACGCCCACCUCCACCCACAGUCGCUACAGGCCCCAAUACACAAUCUUCCUUGGUCUUUUUUUACUACAAGUUAUGACAUGGAAAAAUCCCAAAGCUGGGCUUUCCCACGUUAGAAUUCCUGUAUUUCAUAAACCGCUCGCUCCACGGCCAGUCUACCGACCUUAUUCUGAUCAGGAAUCAAUAAAGAUUACUCGGCCCAACAUGUUAUUCAAUUCAAGUCGAUAAUAUUGGUCCAAACGGUCGAUUUGUUUUCAACUAAGAAGAAAACUUCCAGUCUACUCCACCAGUGCGGUCAUUAUGGAAAUCACAUGAUGCAUUGCUGCACGCUGAUUGGUUGAAAGGUGAGUGACGGUGAAUUUGUCCGCAAGAAACCAUGCACCAAUGUUUUGAAUGCGAGCUGUCAAAGUAAGGAACAAAAACAGGACUAAAGGCUCACAACAACACAUCGUGUCAUGGUAUGGAAGGGUCGGAGAUUAAACAAGUAGGACACAAAGUCGAAAUUUAUGAUGCACUAUGUGGCUUCAAAUCAUUCUUCUCAGGUUUAUGUGGGUGCUGAUUGGUGGAUACUGAUGGGUAAAACAGCACGGUGCGUAAGGUUCACGAACACUGUUUUCAGCUUUGGCCAAUCAGCACGCAGGAAUGCAGUCACAUGAUUUUCAGUUGUGUAGGAGACGAACUUUUUGGCUCGAUUCAGAAACUCUGCAGCAGGGGACACUAAUAUUGAUUUGAAGUUGCUGACAUGUUGAUCUGGGAAACCUUUAUUGUUUUGUGAUCAAACGGAGACGAACAGACGGUAUGCAGAGUGGAACGCUUAUGAAUUACAGCUUUGAAGAAAAGACAGAAAAAGAAAGCACAACUUCAUUCAUCUCACACUUGUGAAAUUUCCUCUCUGCAUUUAACUCAUCUGAAGCAGUGAACACACACACGUGAGCAAUGAGCACACACACACACACACACACACCCAGAGCAGUGGGCAGCCAUGCUAACAGCGCCCGGGGAGCAGUCGGGAGUUUGGUGCCUCGCUGAAGGGCAUCUCAGCCCAAGGCCGUCCCAUAUUAACCUAACCGCAUGUCUUUGGACUGUGGGGGAAACCGGAGCACCCGGAGGAAACCCACGCGGACACGGGGAGAACAUGCAAACUCCGCACAGAAAGGCCAUCGCCGGCCGCUGGGUUCAAACCCGGAACCUUCUUGCUGUGAGGCGACCGUGCGAACCACUACACCACCGUGCCACCCUGGGGAUUUUUCCAUGUUGUAAGUUGUAGGAAAAGAAGCGCCAGGAGGAGGAGGAUGAUUGUGUAUCGUGGCAUGUAGUGACUGUGUGUCCACCGUGUUUAAUAGAUGAUGUGGUUAUGCUCUGGAUCAUGAACCCUUCCUUUCCAGGAAGGAAAACUGGAAUCCUGAAUUUUAGGGAUAAAAUUAGCUCAUGUUUUAAGUCGUUCAGAUUCUGUAAAGCUGCUUUGCGACAAUGUUUAUUGUUAAAAGCGCGAUACAAAUAAACUUGACUUGACCUUCUCCAUGCUUCUCUCGAACCAUCGUUCUGGUCCACAUUCAUCUUGGGUUCAUCUGUCCAAAGAAUCUUGUUUCAGAACCGGGCAGCGUUCUUAUAUUUAAAUGUUUUCCAGUCAAGUCUAAUCUGGCCUUUCUGCUCUUGAGUGUUAUCAGUGAUUUGUAUCUUAAGGUAAAAACCCUGUGUUUCCAUUCAUGAAGUCGUCUCUUGAUUGAAGACUUUGAGAGCGAUAACCCUCCCUCCUCCAGACUGUUCUUGACUUGGCUAGAUGCUAUGAAGGUGUUUUUCUUCUAUGAUCAUCCACGUUAGUUGGUUUCCGUGGUCUUCCAGGGCUUUUGGUGUUGCUGAACCGUGUUCCUUUUGUUUAAGAAUAUACCACAUUGUUGCUUUGGUCGCUCCUAAUUCUGCUCUCUCUCUCUCUCUCUCUCACCUGUUUUUUGUUUUGUUUUUUGCCUCCUUCACUUGAAUCGACACCUCUUUGCAGUGCACAACUCCAGAUGUUUUCUCUCUUUAAUCUGUCAUGAAGUAAUGAGGGAACAGGCCACAGCUGGCUAUGACACUGCUUCAGUCAAUUACUUCUGAGCUUCUGAAAUGAAAAUGGAGGAACUGUGUAAAAAAAAAAAGCUAUAAUUCCUGAACAGUUAAUGUGAUCUUAUGUCGAGUUUCCCUCUCGAAUCACAAGGGCACUCCAGAUGUCUCGAUUUCUCAUUGCAGAUUCGAGGUCCUCUGGUCUCAGUCCAGCAUCUGACUGUAAUCUGUUUCUGAAAGUCAUCGGUGGCCUGCCAGGUUUUCUCCUUCUGUGUUUCGGCCUCCAGGGUAUUAAAUCAGCAACUACCUCACUGUCCCUUCUGAAGCAAUGCCCCGCAAAGCGUAGUCUUCUGGUGGUGGGACUUCUGGUUUGAGACCCUUGGCAGUUCCCCAUACAGCUCCUUGUUGAUUCCAGUGAAUGUUAAAAUCUGUUCUUGCCAUCAUGAUUUUUCUGUUGCUACUAAAUGACUGACUGCGGUCGCAACUCCUGCAGUAUGGUUUAUUGUGCGAGUUAACCUUCUUCUUGGCCAUUGUGAGGUAACCUGUGUUACAGUAUCUCACUGCCACCCUUUGCUCUUUGUCGCCCCCGUCUUCUACUGGGGAUGACGCGCUGUACAGGUCCCAGGACUCCCUGUUUUCUAUCACUGGCCGACAGUGUAACUUAUUUACAGACGCCCUUUUGCCGACCAUUAGAGUUUAACUCUUUUGCGCCUGAGGCAGUGAUCUGUCUUGACUAUUUUAACCCAUAGUUGGGACAAUCGUUGGUGAGUACCAGAGCGUGUCCACACACCGGUGGGUCAUGUGUACUGCACCUCUGGGGCUGCUUGUUGCUCCGCGAUCCCCUGCAUGUCAGCUUUGGGUCGCGAAACCCAAAUGAUCAGGGUGGCCAACGGGGAGGCCAUGUAGGAGUCUUGAGUAAGGAGAGGUUAUGACUGGCAAGAGGAGGCUGAUGACAGAGCUGCUCCCCGGUUCACGCAAGGGCCGGUUGGUCUGGGUGCAAGCCAAAAAACAACCUUACUACAGCACGACACUUCACUUACCCCUGUGACUUAGAGUCGCCCUCCCUCCUUGAUAUUUGAUUUUUUUGUUAAAAGCCUCAAAUUAAAGCUGAAAGUCGACACUUGAGUCACAUCUUGAACGAUCACUUCAUGUUGUGGUGGUGUACAAGGGAAACGUCACUGACACCACGUCACUGUCCAGAUGUUUACAGACCUGACUGUAUAUUCAGGUGAAUCAGGUCCUACUGUAAAAUAUUUUAAGUGAUUAUUAUUUUAAAAUACUUUCUUUUUUUGUGCUGGAAAAAAAAAAGCUCAGAGACGAGCAAAUUUCAGAAAGCUGAUGAACUGAAAGCUGUAAACAAGACAAGUGAGAAGAAAAUAGUCACACACCCAUGUGAGAGAACUGCGCACGUGUGUGUGUGUGUGUGUGUGUGUUCCAGUUCUGCUUGUCGUCUCAUCUAGGCUAUUUAUUUACAUUCUUUCAGCUAAAGUGACUUUUCUUUUAUGACUGAACCACUCAUCAGUUUUAUUAAGUUUUAUAUUCUAUUGUUUCAUCAUUAAUAAGUGCUGAAAAACAGGAAUUGUUGUAACAUUUAUUUCCUCUAUUCAUACUUGUGAAAUGUAAUCUUGCAUAAUCAGGAAGUGUGUUAUUCCUUCAUAAAUAUAAAAAACAUUACAGAAAUAAUAUAAACUUCAUGACUUUUUUUUAUUUUUUACUUAUUUACUUCAUUACUUUCUUAAAACUUUUUGUUUUUUGCUUUGUGUUUAAACU